AUGACUCUCUCUAGUGUCUCUGCCUUCCCCACCAGCAUACCCAGCCUCGCUGCGCCAGCUGCUGCUGCUGCAGGCCCCACGGAAGGGUCGGCAGCAGCACCAGCACAGGUAGCAACACGUGCGCCAGCAGUUGCUUCAGUCUUGAGGCAUUCAAGCUUACUAGAGAUGCAACAGCAGUUAAGCCAAGCCGCGGGAGCGGGGGCGCUGCCUGGUCUGGACCCUAUUGGCUUUAGGCCCCCGGGAAUGCAUGAUGGGACGAACCUUGUAAGCAUACCCACACCAAAAGUACUGCAAGUCGUAGGUAAUAUUGAGCGCAGCAGCAGCAGCCACAGCAGCACCAGUAGCCGCACGAGCAGCUUCCUUCCAAUGGUCAUCGAGUCUUCCAGCGAAACCUGGAGCGACUCGGAGGAAGAGGAAGAAGGCUGGAUGGAGGUCGUUUUGCAAGCGCCCGACAGUGGUGGCUGUACCUACCAAGAUUAUCACCUGGAGCCGUAUGCUAAUGCAGAAGGGAGGCUAGAAGCUCCAGCCGAUGACAUGGAGCAGCGUCAGCAGACACCGGAAGGCAGAGUGCAACAGAAACGUGUUCAGCAGCACGAGCAGCAGCGAGGUGCUGGAUACUCUUUUAUGCAGGAAUUAGCGGCAGCCCUCCGAUUCAAGGUGAGAGAUGCCCAUGACGGUUUCGCUGACGAGAAAGAGCCAAAAAUCGAUCCAUGUGGAGCAUCAGUGACGCAGGAAACCGCAGCAACAGCGAGCGGGAUUGUCGCGUUGCAGAUGGAGCUCUUGCACUUGUCCAGGGAGUCCCGGAAGCAUCGACGUCACAAGACGGCGGGUGCUUGGACUGAAUCGGCAGGCUCGUUUUCUUCUACCAGCAGCAGCAGCACCAGCGGAACCCCCCGUACAGGCAGAAGCAGCAGCAGUAGUAGUUGUAGUUGCAGCAGCAGCCACACAAGGCCACGAGUAAUGCGACGCAUCUCAUCCUGCAGUAUUCCGAAUCUUAGAUGUAGAGACUCUACAGAGCCACCACUGCGGCGAACAGCCUCCGCCCCCAUGGGCGCACCCCGGCCAGCGCCCCAGUGGGGGAGCAUCGACACACGCCGAGUGCUCUUGCGAAGGAUUUCAGACAGACGGCUGGAAGCUGCAAAGCUACCGUUCCCUGCUGAUGGCGGCGAGGCUCGAACUACGCGCAUUGCUGCCCAAGAAACAUGGAGCAAUCAUGACGGAACCGCGGGCAGACCACCAGGUCCUGCGGAUGCACCUUGUGCGUCCGCUACCGCUCUCUCAGGGCCCGCUAUUGCUCAAAGGGAGUUAGCGGAGACUGCAGAGAUGGCGAGGCAGAGAAUGAAGAUGAGGCGUGAACUACGGGCUAAGGAUGCUGCGGCUGUAUUAGAACAGGAGAGAGAGCGGCAGGAACUUCAGCAGAAUGUCUUGUGGUGGUUCGCCAGUGAUAUCUUGUUGCCUUACCUUUAG